AUGGGUUCUGGAGAGACCAACAACAUCCUGGGCUUGCGUGCCCAGAUAACAGCGAAUCUCGCGAUAGUCGUAAAGAAUUUACCCAUCAAGAUCAUUACUCUUCAGGUGGAAGGAGGCUUCCAAGCUAUCGUUCUCGACAGUAAAGAAAACAGCGUCGCUAUAACCGAGGCUUGCAAAGAUCCUACCAAGUACAGGCAAGAUGAGACUGCUACAGACGCUCUCGAUCGUCUGCUUCAGCUUUCUAGCAAAAUGGCUCUUGAUAAGCUGCGUGGUGAUGGCAAUACACUAGUAGUGCCCAAGGAACUUAAAUUCGAAGGUUUCUCCUCGAAUGCAGGUCUAUUCAGCGGCGAACCUUCUGGAGUCAACAACAACGACGCAUCGUUUGGAUCUAUUAUCAAUGGCGGACCGUUUGAGAGUAGCACUAAGGGAGGACCAUCUGAUGGCGCUGCUACUGACUCUGGCCACUGUGGGAAGAGAACCAUCGGUGGCUGUGGGUGUGGCUGCCACUGUGGUUGCGGCUGCUCCAAGAGACCACCAGGAAAAGACCGCUCUGGAGGGCCGCCUGGGGGCGACAAGCUUACGUGCCCUCCAUCGGGCGGAUUUGGAGAAGUCGCAUGUCAGGAUGAAAUUUUCCCAUCGAGACAAAAUCUGGAAGAAUAUGAGAAGAUCUGUUCUGCUAUGCUGUCUUUACCUGAUAGCGCUGUUGAGAGUGCAGCCGAGAAAUACCUCAAGGAUCAACUGAAACGGAACAAACAAGAAUGCAGAAACAUCACAUCAGUCACUGGUGGAGAUUCGAUUGCAGAAACAACCACAAAUCCCUUCGAACUUGGACCGAGUGAACGAUGGAAUCGCAAGGUGGCUGGCGGUUUAUUUGGCAAUCGCGAAACUCCUACUCCUGAAUCUCAAACUACCGGUGGACUUUUGGCAAAAGGAGCAAGCACGUUUCCCAAUGCUAAAGGCAACAUUUUCGAUGACGAUGGAUCUGGAGAUGGUUUCGAAGAACGAGUGAGACGCAGAAUGGAAAUGCUCGGAAACGAUCCAGCCCCUUACAAGAACAGCAAUACAUCUGGAGGCAUGUUUGGGGGUGUUUACAAGCCAUCGGCUCCAAGUACACUAUUCAAAAGCAGCCAGCCAUCCAUCGCCGAUGAUGACAUUGAAGAAAAUAGCGACUCCAAGCGUGCCAGAAUUGUUGCGGAAGCUCUACCCACCGGAUUGAACCCCCCACACUGUGAUUCGACACUAUCCAGUGGUUUUGGAUCCUUGGAAAGCAUACCGGCAGCCAACUCUCUCCCGUCCUUUUCUGAGUCCUGGAGAACCAGCUCUUUUGGAAGACCUACCGUCAAUGCACCGGUCACUCAGCCCAGUCUAUUUGGCACUUUCGGAAGCGGGCUAUCUGUGAAUGUGCCCUCGGUCAAUAGGUUCGGGGAUUGCACUUCAUCAAGGGUGUUAGGAGACGUUCAGACGAUUCGUUCUCGUCCAUCUGCCACUUUUGGCAGCAUGCCAUCGUUCUCCAGUGCCGCCGGCUCUAACUACACUGGCUUUGGAGAUCUUCCCACACCCAAAGCCUCGACGGACACUAGAUCAGAAGAGAAGCCUGUCAAUCUCGACAGGACUCGCGAAGUCUUCGGCAACCCUGCCAAGUAUUUCAGUGGAUUUGGUGGAGGCUUCGGAAGCAGUAUUCCCAGCAGCUCGAUCAAAGGCAGUACAGUUCACGGUUCACCCUUUGCACAACCUUCUGCAUCUGGGUAUUUCGGAAGCAGUGCACGACUCGCACAGCUUCCUGCGUCUCGUGUUUUCGGAAGCAGUGCAGGAAACGGACCAUUUGAUAGAUACACUGCAAAACAUAAUGAUACCAAGAGGCUUUCCUCGUCGGAUGAAGAAUGGGAGGUUGAGUCCGACCUUUGA